AUCAAUCACAUUGCUGCUCCGUAAACUUGGAGACGUCAAGAAACAAGGCGGUGCCACACUUGAGGGGUCAUAACCCACACGACAGCACAUGCUCCUCAACCAGGGGAAGCUCUGCCUGCCCCUCAGUCCCUCCUGUCCACCGGCAGGAGCUCCUCGCAGCGCUCAGCAGUAUGGACGUCACCAAAGGACAGGACCCCUCGGCGGAGCAGCCUGCGUCUUUGCCUGGGGCUCCAGAGCUGGAGAGUCAAAGGAGACCCACUGCACGGGGAGAGAAGAGGAAUAACCACUGUAAAAUCAUUACUGGGGUGUUGCUGCUGUGCUUACUGGUGGUCAUUCUGGCCGUGGUGUUUUCACUGAGGAAGAGCAGUGAUGAAAAAGCUGAAGGUGAGCUCUGGUUGCAGGCCGCAGAUGAGGAACUUCAACAGCCACGGUGUCCACCUGGCUUCUCCAGGCCACCUCUCAUCCUGGUGUCCUUGGACGGUUUCAGGUCGCAGUACCUCGAAGAUCACAGCAGCCACCUUCGUAUCAUCAACAAGUUACGAAACGACGGAACAACGACGCCAUACUUGAGGUCCGUUUAUCCCACAAAGACCUUCCCCAACCAUUACAGCAUUGUGACUGGUCUUUAUCCUGAGUCUCAUGGAAUCGUGGACAACAAGAUGUACGAUGUGACCCAAAACACUUUCUUCAGCUUGAAAAGUGAGGAGAAAUUCAACCCAAAAUGGUACCAAGGAGAGCCUGUCUGGAUCACUGCCAUGCGUCAGAAACUAAAAGCAGGAACCUUCUUCUGGCCUGGCUCAGAUGUAAGAAUCAACGGCUCUUUCCCAGACUUAUACAAGUCGUAUGACAGGAACAUUCAUUUUAAGCAGAGAGUGACAACACUGUUUGAAUGGCUCAGUUUACCCCAGGGAGAAAGACCUGACUUCUACACUUUGUAUCUGGAAGAACCUGACUCAACAGGACAUCGUUAUGGACCAGCGAGCAGCCAGAUCCUUCAGGCCUUGGAAAAUGUGGACAAGAUUAUGGGCAUGCUGAUGGAUGGCCUGACACAGAGAGACCUGCACCACUGUGUUAACAUUAUAAUCCUAUCAGACCACGGCAUGGAGGAGGCUUCCUGUGAAAAGGCAGCAUACGUGUCGACCUACUUGAACAAAACUGAUGGCUUUGCUGUCAUCCAAGGUGCGGCUGCUCGCAUCAGACCCAGUCGCCUCCCAGAGGAUUACUAUUCCUUUGACUAUGAGGGUCUGGUGAAGAACCUGUCGUGCAGGACCGCUGACCAGCCAAUGAGGCCGUACCUCAAAGAAAACCUCCCCAAAAGGAUGCACUUUGCUAACAACAGACGCAUAGAGAGAGGACACCUCUACAUGAAGCAGGGCUGGCAGGCUGCACUGAACCGACAGGAACUCAAGUAUUGCACCGGUGGAUUCCACGGCUCAGACAACCUCUUCGCCAACAUGCAGGCAAUCUUCAUUGGCUACGGUCCAGGAUUUAAGGAAAACACUGUUGUGCCUCCUUUUGAAAACAUUGAAAUAUAUAACCUCAUGUGUGAUCUUCUCAGUAUUCGUCCCGCUCCAAACAAUGGCACCCAUGGCAGUCUGAACCACCUUCUGAAGAGUCCCAUCCACCAGCCAGUCCACCCAGCACAGCUCUCCCAUGACACCCCCUGUGAGGCCAGUGGCCCUGUCCCCGCUGACGAUCUGCAGUGCUCCUGUGCAUCCCAGAACAAGGCAGCGGAGACCGAUAUGAACAGAGAUCUCAUCACAACUAAUUCCAGUGUCAAAGCCAGUUUACGUCGCCUACACCAUCCCUUUGGUACCCCUCGAGUCGUCCAACCAGGCGCCACCUUUUGUCUUCUCCACCAAUCCAACUACCUCAACGGAUACAGCAAAGACCGCCUCAUGCCCCUGUGGGUGUCGUACACCACCCAGCCUCUGACCAGAGUCCGACCCCUCAGCCCAGAGAUGGAGGAGUGUGUUCGUGCAGACGUGCGCAUCCCACCGGCCACCAGCCAGCUGUGUCUACGCCACAGAAACCACCCCGUUCUGUCCUUCGGCCUGCUGCACCCCCCCAAUCUAAGUGCCGACGGACCCGAGGCAGACUCUCUAAUCACGAGCAACAUGGCACCAAUGUUCCCUGCAUUUAAAGAUGUUUGGAUCCAUGUCCAUGAUGUCCUUCUUCCAAAAUAUUCACAACAGCUGAACGGAGUUAACGUCAUGAGUGGGCCUAUAUUUGAUGAAGACUAUGAUGGAAACGUUGAUGCGCUCAGAGCAAUCUCAGGGAAUGAAGCUCCCAUCCCGACACAUUUCUUCCUGAUCCUGACCAGCUGUGGGAACUCGACCGUGGGCCCUGUUGACUGUGAGGGUCCCCUGCAGGCCAAGUCCUUCAUCCUGCCCCACAGACCUGACCACACUGAGAGCUGUGCUAGCGGGUCAGACUUGAAGUGGGUGGAAGAUUGGCUGCAGUUUCACACAGCGCGGGUCCGAGACAUCGAGCUCCUGGCGGGACUUAGCUUCUACCACGACAGGUUAUCAGUGGAAGAGACACUACAGCUCAAGACGUUGCUACAGACUGUGUGAAAUCUGAGACAUUAUCAAAUGAAGCUUUCAUUUCCAAUGGAAGCCAUAUUGGUCUGCACCGCAGGCCUCAGUCCACACUAACUUGUAAAAGUUCCCUCUGUUCAAACCAAAAUCCAGUCCAUCUGUUUUUUUUCUGUGAUAUGUCUGAUUCCCCCCAAAAUGUAUAAUUAGUCAAUGUGUGAAAGCUGUAUAUUUGUUUUUGAGGAUGUAUUUUUAUGGAUGAUUUUAUAGCUUGAGAGCUCCGCAGCUCUUAACCAAAGACGGCGUUACUUCUGCUGAGUGGCUCCAAAGUAUUUCCUCAGAUGGGAACAAAAUAAAAGGGAAAAGAAACUUGUUUUGAUGAAAGACAAAUCUAUUUAUAGUUGCUUUUAUUGGCAGGGGCACAUCAAUAAACAUAUGACAAUCUGGAAACAGUUGAUUCUGCUGGCACACAUCUGGACAGCUGCCUGUAGCAGCCUUAAAAACACCCACGAAUUUGCUGUACAAAAGGAAGCCUGCCAGAUGUUGUCAUCGUAUGUUCAUGGCUGUUAUUUUUGUAUUUCCUUUAUACACCAGCAACAAUGUAGUUUUUUAGUAUUUUGUGAUUUUGUUAAUUUUUAUCUUUGCUUAAUGCCAUUUUGGAGAUGAUUAUACAGUUUUGACAGUGUAUGUGUGUGUGUGUGUGUGUGUGUGUGUGUGCGUGUGUUUGUGUAGCUGAAAUUAUUUCUGGGAUCAACACAAUUUCUGUUCAGUCUUUUUAUCUUUGCUCUUUACAACAAAGGUCAGCAGGUAGUUUGAAGAAAAUGAGAAAAGUUCAAAUGAUUUUGUCAUCUCCAUCAUGUAUUCCAGGUUUGUUUUUGUUAUUGUCAUAAGUGGAAACCACGGUCAAAUACACAAUUUCAUAUAAAAACUCUUCUACACUGA